GGUGAAUGGGCUGGCGGUGCUCGCUGCUGCUGCUGCGAGGAGGAGGAGGAGGAGGAUGAAGAGUUGGGCUUGUUUGUCUCCCACAGUUUCUCUCCUGCUGCUCUGACCCCCCCUCCUGCUCCGGCCCGGAGCCGAGUGUGUCCCUCCUGGAGGAGGAGGAGGACCCAGUGCCUCCCCCCACCCCCUCCUCCCCCACCCCCUUUGCCUGGGGAAGAGGAGGAAAGAAACAGCCCAGAGAGAGAGAGAGUGAGUGAGUGAGUGAGAGAGGGAGCGGAGAGGAGAGGCGAGGAGGAGGAGGAGGGAGCAGGGAGCAGGGAACAACCUACCAUUUUAACACACUAAGAUCUAAAAAGUGCGAGAGGCCCAGAGCAGCAGCAGCAGCAGCAGCCCCGGCUCCUUCCCUCCCUCCCUCCCCAUGAAGAAGAGUUCCCUCCUCCUCCUCCUCCCGCUUCUCCUGCUCAGAGUUCCUGCCUCCAGCUGCCAGGGGGGACAGCCAGCCAGCAGCAGGAGGGGAGCAAGAGUGCUGAAGGAGGGCCAGUUUCCCCAAAAUUGGACUUCUCAGAACCUUUAAUAUGCUAAUGUGCAUUGUGAAUCUCCAAGAGGGGGAUAUGAUAUGCAGCAUUCUUGAAUACUUCUAAUGACAGGGAGCCCACUACCUCAUAAGCUGCAGUGAGAAGAGGAGUUUGUUAUUUUAAACGGAGGCUGAAGAAACUAUAGAAUUAGCAGACAUAAGAGAAAGUGGAGAAGGUGGAGGAUGGAGUUGCAGACUCUACAGGAAGCUCUUAAAGUGGAAAUUCAGGUUCACCAGAAACUGGUUGCUCAAAUGAAACAGGAUCCACAGAAUGCUGAUUUAAAGAAACAGCUUCAUGAACUCCAAGCCAAAAUCACAGCUUUGAGUGAGAAACAGAAAAGAGUCGUUGAACAGCUUCGGAAGAACCUGAUAGUAAAGCAAGAACAACCAGACAAGUUCCAAAUACAGCCAUUGCCACAAUCUGAAAACAAACUACAAACAGCACAGCAGCAACCACUACAGCAGCUACAGCAACAACAGCAGUACCACCACCACCACGCCCAGUCGGCGGCACCCUCUUCCAACCUGACCGCUUCACAGAAGACUGUAACUACAGCUUCUAUGAUUACCACAAAGACACUACCUCUCGUCUUGAAAGCAGCAACUGCAACCAUGCCUGCCUCUGUUGUGGGCCAGAGACCUACCAUUGCUAUGGUGACCGCCAUCAACAGUCAGAAGGCUGUGCUCAGCACUGAUGUGCAGAACACACCAGUCAACCUCCAGACGUCUAGUAAGGUCACUGGGCCUGGGGCAGAGGCUGUCCAAAUUGUGGCAAAAAACACAGUCACUCUGCAGGUUCAGGCAACACCUCCUCAGCCCAUCAAAGUACCACAGUUUAUCCCUCCUCCUAGACUCACUCCACGUCCAAACUUUCUUCCACAGGUUCGACCCAAGCCUGUGGCCCAGAAUAACAUUCCUAUUGCCCCAGCACCUCCUCCUAUGCUUGCAGCUCCUCAACUUAUCCAGAGGCCUGUUAUGCUGACCAAGUUUACCCCCACAACCCUCCCUACCUCCCAGAAUUCCAUCCACCCCGUCCGUGUCGUCAAUGGGCAGACUGCAACCAUAGCCAAAACGUUCCCCAUGGCCCAGCUCACCAGCAUUGUGAUAGCUACUCCAGGGACCAGACUGGCUGGACCUCAAACUGUACAGCUUAGCAAGCCAAGCCUUGAAAAACAGACAAUUAAAUCUCACACAGAAGCAGAUGAGAAACAAACAGAGAGCCACACCAUCACUCCACCUGCUGCACCCAAACCAAAACGGGAGGAGAACCCUCAGAAACUUGCCUUCAUGGUGUCUCUAGGAUUGGUAACACAUGACCAUCUAGAAGAAAUCCAAAGUAAGAGGCAAGAGCGAAAAAGAAGAACAACAGCAAACCCAGUGUACAGUGGAGCGGUCUUUGAGCCAGAGCGUAAGAAGAGUGCAGUCACCUACCUGAACAGUACAAUGCACCCUGGGACCCGGAAGAGAGGUCGUCCUCCAAAAUACAAUGCAGUGAUGGGGUUUGGAGCCCUUACCCCAACAUCCCCCCCAUCCAGUCAUCCUGACUCCCCUGAAAAUGAAAAGACAGAGACCACAUUCACUUUCCCUGCACCUGUUCAGCCUGUGUCCCUGCCCAGCCCCACCUCCACAGACGGUGAUAUCCAUGAGGAUUUUUGCAGCGUUUGCAGAAAAAGUGGUCAGUUGCUGAUGUGUGACACGUGUUCCCGUGUGUAUCAUCUGGACUGCUUAGACCCUCCUCUGAAAACGAUUCCCAAGGGCAUGUGGAUCUGUCCCAGAUGUCAGGACCAGAUGCUGAAGAAGGAAGAAGCAAUCCCGUGGCCUGGAACUUUGGCCAUUGUCCAUUCCUACAUCGCCUACAAAGCAGCUAAAGAAGAAGAGAAACAGAAGUUACUUAAAUGGAGUUCAGAUUUAAAACAGGAACGAGAACAGCUAGAGCAGAAGGUGAAACAGCUCAGCAGUUCUAUAAGUAAAUGCAUGGAAAUGAAGAACACCAUCCUGGCCCGGCAGAAGGAGAUGCACAGCUCCCUGGAGAAGGUGAAGCAGCUGAUCCGCCUCAUCCACGGCAUCGACCUCUCCAAACCCGUAGACUCUGAGGCCACUGUGGGGGCCAUCUCCAACGGCCCGGACUGCACCCCCCCUGCCAACGCCGCCACCUCCACGCCAGCCCCCUCCCCGUCCUCGCAGAGCUGCACAGUGAACUGUAACCAGGGGGAAGAGACUAAAUAACAGAGCCCUGCCAGGAGAAGCCACGGGAUCCCGGCGGCGAGGAGAGCAAAACACUGAAGACUCUAGAAAAGCAAAGCCGGAUUUCUUCUGGAAAGUACAGAAUUCUUUUGGUUCUUUGGUUCCAGAGAGAGAGAAGAUGCUUGUGCCAGGUGGCACCAGAGUUUGCCAAUUGAUCCUUCUUAUUCUGUGUGUACAUGCAAAGAUUGGACCAUGUUACAUGAAAUAGUGCCAGCUGGAGGUUCUUUGCCAGCACCAUGCCAAGUGAAAUAAUAUAUUUACUCUCUCUAUUAUACACCAGUGUGUGCCUGCAGCAGCCUCCACAGCCACGAUGGGUUUGUUUUUGUUUUGUUGGGUGGGGAGCAGGGACGGGCGGAGGGAGGAGAGCAGGUUUCAGAUCCUUAUUUGCCGAGCCGUUUGUUUAGGUAGAGAAGACAAGUCCAAAGAGUGUGUGGGCUUUUCCUGUUUCUAAACUUUCACUACUUAAAACCAAAAAAAGGAAAUCGAGAUUUCACCAACCCCAGUGCCCAGAGGAGGGAUGGGGAGGGAAUGGGAGGGAGCCGGGGUGGGAAAAGUAUAUCAAAUAAGCAGUAUUUCUUAUCGUGUGUGGUGGGCCACAGUGUGCGGAGAGAUGGGCACCAAGGACGGCCGUCGGGUUCUCUGAGCACGCGCUUCCCCGCCGUGGGCGCCCCACCGCUCCCCAGGUUCCUUCCCUGCUCUGGCAAAUGGGCGCGCGCCCCGUGGAUGGUGGGUCCCUUCCCUCUCCAAGAACAAGCAGAGCCAGGCUCGGUCAGCCCUUGCCCAGGGCAGGGAAGAAGGGUGUGUGUGUCGAGGAAGGAAAAAAGGUGGAUCAGUGAUUUUACUUGAAAACAAGCUCCAUCCCCUUUCUAUAUUUAUAAAAGAAGAUCCUGAGCGUAGCAGCACACGACCAGGUGUGUGUGGAUUGAAUGGAGACGUCUCUCUUUUUCUUUUUUUAAUUUUUGUUCUUUAUUUUCUUUUUUAAAAAGUUUUAUUUUAUUGUUUCUUUUACUUUUUUGGUAACAAAAACUAAAAUAAGGAAUAGAAAAGCUGUUUUUCAGGCUGACAGUCCAGUUAAGGGUAGUCGAGACCUUGCAUGGUAGAAUAGGAGCCAUAGUGUCAGUGAGGUCCAGUGAGUCUGUGUGAGUCCUUGUGUCAUCGUCGGGGCACUGUUUUUUAUGCAAGGGCAAAAUCUUUGUAUCCGGGGAAAACAACAACUUUUUUUUAAAUUAAAAAAGAAAAAUAAAAGAUAUUGAGGUCUUCCUAGUGUUACUUAAAUUAAGAUCAAGGUAAGAAACAUUGUAAAAAAAAAUUACAAAAGUGCUAUUUGUUUCCUAAAAACAGUGAUUUCUAUUAAAAAAGGUGUCAGAACUGGA